AUGGACAGUCCUGAAGAAAACAUCGUCGCCAUAUCAAACGAAACCACAGUCGCCGUUACCAGUGAGGAGACCGUUACCUCGAUUCGUGUCCCCUCUGCUUCUCCAACUCCUGGACCUUCAACUGAAAGCAACCUGAAGCGUAAACUACCAAGAGUCAAGGUAGAGAAAACACCAAAAUCAAAUAAAAGUACGAUGUGUGACUAUUGCGGUGUUCACUACCCCCAAGAUGUGGCACUUAGGAACGGAGCUGUAUGGGUAGAGUGCAUGAGCUGCUGCAAAUGGUACCACCAAGAAUGUACUGGCACAGAGUCGCCACAGUUCCUGUGUGAUAAUUGUGAUAAAGUAGACUUUUCAGGCACUGAUGACAGUGAUUGGGCACCUGAA